AUGGGAGGAAAAGAACAUUAUCAUGGUGAAGUGCAUGAGGAACCAUCGCAAAUUGCAACGGAAUAUCCACCACCUUUUGACCCACCUCUCUCACAAGAAAUGGGUAUGAAUGUAUCAAAUGUUAAUACAUUAGAUAUCAAACCAAAAUUCCGUGAAAUACCAGUUGAUUGUCAGUGUAGUUAUUGUCAUAAAUAUAUUACAACUACGACAUUUUUUAAAACUGGAACAUUAACAUGGAUCUUUUGUUUGGUCUUUAUUUUUCUUGGUUGUUGGCUAGGAUGCUGCCUAAUUCCAUUUGCAUGUGAUAGUCUAAAGGAUGUAGUUCACCAAUGCCCCAAUUGUCAUAACAAGUUAUAUAGAUAUGAUCGUUUAAAAAAAUAA